AUGCCAACUUUACUUAUGAAGGUUUUUGCGGAGAAGCCAGACGAAGAUCCCAAUGUUGACAUUAAAUUCGGAUACUCUCACAUCCUCGUCUAUGGUGUGUCGGCGGUCCUUGGAGGCGUCUUUGCUUGGAACAAACAGUUCACCAUCCACAACAUGUUCGGUAGCUCCGUGGUGUUCCCCUACUUCCCCGACAAGCGGCCUUUAGGUGUCUCCUUCUGCAUUCAAGCGAUCCGUCUCGUAUCCCUCCAUAAGUUCUCAGUAGCUUUCAUCCUCUUGGCGGGCCUCUUCGUCUAUGACAUAUUCUGGGUUUUUGGAACUGAGGUGAUGGUUUUCGUGGCCAAGUCGUUCGACGCCCCUGCCAAGAUUAUCUUCCCGCUUUCCUUUGAUCCCUGGAAGCAAGGAAUCCUUGGCCUCGGCGACAUCGUCAUUCCUGGCAUCUUCAUAAGUCUCAACAUGAGGUUCGAUUACCAUCAGGAUCAGGUCAAGAACAAGAGGGCCGCUGAGCGUGAUGUGGACAUCCAUCGUCCAUUCCCGAAGCCAUACUACAACAACGUGUUGAUCGCUUAUCUCCUCGGCCUUGCUACUACGGGGAUCGUCAUGCAGGUUUUCAAUGCGGCUCAGCCGGCUCUGCUCUAUCUGGUGCCUUUUACAGUGACUGCUGCCUUAUUGACGGCAUACAGCCGAGGUGAAUUGAAAGAAAUGAUGGAGUACACGGAAGGGGAGGAAGAAGAGAAGAAGAAAGAGGAGAAGAAGGAGAAAUGA